AUGGAAAUCAAAAGAGUACAAACAUUAGCUUUUAACCAAUUGAAGGAGCUUCCACCACAAUUCAUUCGCUCAGAGAAUGAAAGGCCAGAGAAUACUAAGGCCUUGGAGGGUGUUAAUGUUCCUAUAAUCUCAUUGUCUCAACCACAUAAUCUUUUAGUGAAAAAUAUCACUGAAGCUGCCUCUAAGUGGGGUUUCUUUGUUAUCAUUGACCAUGAUAUAUCUCCAAAACUUAUUCAAAGUUUGCAAGGUGUUGGCAAUGAGUUCUUUUCUCUUCCUCAAAAGGAAAAAGAGGCAUAUGCAAAUGACCCAUCUAGUGGUAAAUUUGAGGGCUAUGGAACUAAGAUGACUAAGAAUUUAGAAGAAAAGGUUGAGUGGUUGGAUUAUUAUUUUCACCUUAUGUCUCCCUCUUCAAAGGUGAAUUAUGAGAUGUGGCCUAAAAGUCCUCAUUCGUACAGGGAAGUAGUACAAGAAUACAAUAAAGAGAUUUUAAGGGUGACAAGCAAUAUUUUGGAGCUUUUGUCUGAAGGGCUAGAAUUGGAGAACAAGACUUUGAAGUCUUCUUUGGGAGGUGAAGAAAUAGAGUUAGAAAUGAAGAUAAAUAUGUAUCCACCAUGUCCACAACCUGAAUUGGCAUUAGGGGUUGAGGCCCACACUGAUAUGUCUGCCCUUACCUUACUUGUUUCAAAUGAUGUUCCUGGCCUCCAAGUUUGGAAGGAAGAUAACUGGGUUGCAGUAAAUUACUUGCAAAAUGCACUCUUUGUGCACAUUGGUGACCAACUUGAGGUGUUGAGCAAUGGGAGGUACAAGAGUGUCUUGCAUAGAAGCUUGGUGAACAAGGAACGCAAGCGCAUGUCGUGGGCUGUAUUUGUUACUCCUCCACAUGAGGUGGUGGUUGGACCUCUUCCUCAGCUCGUCAACGACCAAAAUCCACCCAAAUUUUCAACAAAAACAUAUGCUGAGUAUCGCUAUGGCAAAUUCAACAAGAUUCCCCAAUAG